AUGCUGAAGUCCAGUGGAAGUCGACCGGUGUCCGCCACCGGCCAGUGUGAUGUCGAGUCAGAGAAAUCUCUGCUGGACGCUGCAAGCGAAGACGAUGACGGCGAGCUUCAUGGCGGCGGUGAUGGCGGUGAUGAUGGCGGGAUAUCACCAGCAAGACGCAUACUCAUCGUGGCCACGCUGGCUGCAGCUUCCGUGAGCGGUGAUCUCACGUCUAUGCCAGCGUUCUACACAACAGCAGCCCUGGACAAGAACCCCGGUGCAGGACCAGGGUAUCACACACUUAUUGGCGGCGCUUAUAGUAUUUUCAUGGUGGCCGGAGCCUGCUCCAUACCACUCUUGAUCAAAGAUCUACCCAACAUCGGGAGUAAAAAUUUAAUUGUCCUCAGCCACUUCAUCACAGGAUCGUCACUUCUGGUGUUCGCCAGCGUCACUACCAUUACCGACUGGCGAGUGUUUAUUGCCUAUUCGUUCUGCAUACGAAUUUUGCUCGGCAUUGCAUUCGUGAUGCAGACCAUGACGGUGAUGACGUACCUCAUUGCCAUGUAUCCGACCAACCUCGGCUUCGUGAGCGCAUUUCAGAUGGGCUGUCUUGCCGGUGGUCACGUCGUGGGCGUAAUGGUCGGCGGAGCGUUCUACGACUUUGGGGGCUUCAAGGCACCGUUCCUGUUCGGCGGCACGGUAAACUUAGUGGUGUGCUCUGUGCUGUUCGUAUUGCUCAUCGAUAUUGACAGCAUGAACCUGAAGAAACGCAACGGAGGAAAGGAGGUGAAGCUGGUCAGAGUCGGUACUAUACUACGCUCACCCUGGGUGUGGCUGAUGACAGUGACCUUGGCCAUGGCCAAUAUCGGUAAUACCGGCGUGGAUCCAGUUCUCGGCCCGCGCAUGCAUAGCACGCUGAACUCCCCGGCGGUGGUGGUCGGCGCGGUGAUAGCGGUCAAGGGGAUCGGCACGAGUGUAGCCUCGCUGUUCGUCGGCGCUCUCCUCGACCACGGAGUCUACCCGCCGUUGCUCAUUAUAGUGGGCAUGCUGUGCGAGACACUGGGUCUUUUCGUCAUUGGACCGAUUGUGUUUGUGCACGAGACGCCGCCGUUAUGGCAGUUACUUGUCGGAGUUUCUCCUUUGAGUCUCACCAACAUACUGAUGCAGGCGUCCAGCGUGGUGAGUAUGUCUCAGCAUCUGGAGCAUAUCGGUGUGGGUAAUGCAGUGGAGCUACGCUUUGCCGUGGCUAGCCUAUCACGAUUCUCUCUAACCUCGGGACAUGCACUUGGAUCGCUGAUCUUCACCUCCACGGUGGCCAUCCUUGGCUUUCCCUUGGCCCUGACAUCCAUAGGCGUGCUGUAUGCAGGAAUGGCGGUGCUAAUGGUGUUCCUCUCAUGGCUGCAUCGCGUGGCGCUGAAGCUUCGAAGGAAGCAGGCAGGCUGUGUCAACGCUGGCACGGAUGAUGAGAUGGACGAUCAGUAG